UCGACUGUCAGACGGUUUGGGUUGAGGAAGGUUUUAAUAGAAGAAGAGACUAUCAACUCAACCACGAUCGAGAAACAAAGAGAUUGGGUGUGUUUCUCGCGGUUCUGGAAAAGAAAAGAUAACAGGAGAAAUUUAAUCCCAAGGGCUGUUUGGAUAUCUCUGGGAGGUAGGCUUGGGUUCGCUUUGGAAGAGGUGUGUGCCGAGAUUGUGAUCAAGUUUAGGAGACGGGCUUUGGGAGCAAAAGAGGACUUAUUCUCACAUGUGGUCUGGGAAUCAAGUCCCCUCUGGUAUAUGCUUCGCAUAGAAUCAAUAUGUUCAUAUUGGUGUGUAUUGCUGAUGUGUUUGCAGAUGCUCUUUGCUUCAGUUUUUCACAUUCUGAUUCAAAAUGAUACUUGGAACAGCGUGCUGUUAGGAUCUUCAAGUGUUUCAAAUCCAGUUGUGGCUCCAAAGAUGAGAUCAAUAAGAAUGAAGAGGUUGUUACAGGAUCGUCAUGAUGAAAAUCAUAAUACUGAGAGAGAAGGACAAGAAAUAUGUAAUAACCAGAAUUUAGCUGGUAGUAUAUCUGAAACUGGAACUGCAAUAUCUGAAGCUAGAACUACAAAUUCUGCUGGGAAUGAACAGCAUCAAAUUCAUCCAACACCAAGGGGUCCAUUUGGGUCGAGAAUGAGAAAAAAGGACCAACGUUUAGACAAUCAGCGCAGUGCUGGGAAUGAUGAUGCCAAUCGAUUUCAACAUUGUCGCAAACGCUUUAGAAGCAGUCAACAAAAUCGUGCUCCAACUUCAGAUUGGAGUUUUUCUGGAUCCUUACAUGCUUUAGAGAGCGGCAGUUCUUCCCAAGUUGCAGACACUGAUGAAAUUGAAGGUCAAUCUUCGCAUCGUUUUGGUCAAGCACUGUAUCAAAGAAGUAGACAAGGAUUGAUUGUGACGUAUCAGGAUUCAGGCGAUAAUAUUCAUGUAUGUGAUUACUGUAACGCACGUUUCUGGUUUGGAGAAGCUAAUAAACAAACAUCUUCAAAUGCGCCUCUAAUCUAUUCAAAUUGUUGCAAAAAGGGUGAAAUUAAACUUCAACAACUUAAACCAAUGCCAAAUUUUCUUGAAACAUUAUUAGAUCCAAAUAAUGGUUCAAAAAGCAGACUUUUUAGAGAAAAUAUUAGAGUUUAUAAUUCAAUGUUUUCUUUUACAUCAAUGGGAGCUACAAUUGAUCGUAAAAUCAACACUGGAUCAGGUCCUUAUGUAUUUAAAAUUAGUGGUCAGGUACAUCAUUUAAUGGGUUCUAUAUUACCUUCUGAUGGAGAAUGUCCUAAAUAUGCUCAAUUAUACGUAUAUGAUACAAAAAAUGAGGUUUUGAAUCGUGUAAAUGCAAUUGAUCCUACUCAUGUUAAUGUAAAUAUCAAAGUAGACAUUGUUGAAGGACUAAUUAAAAUGUUUGAUGAAACUAAUGAAUUAGUGAAAGAAUUUCGAACAAUGAGAGAUAAAUUUGAAAAUCAUUCUGUACCUUCAUUAAAUAUGAGUGUACUUAAUCGUCAACCUACUGAUAGUAAGCAAUAUGAAGAACCAAUGACUGAUGAAAUUGGUGGUUUAAUAGUUGGUGAUAUUGGAGAGCACAAUUCAAAUAAAGAUAUAAUUAUUGAGUCAAAUAACGGAUAUUUACAACGUAUUUCUAAAAUUCAUCCAAAGUAUAUGGCGUUGCAAUAUCCAAUACUUUUUCCAUAUGGCGAAGAUGGAUAUAAAAUAGAUUUAGUAAUGCAACGAAUUGCAGGAAAUAAUACAAAGAAAAGGCAGAAAAUAUCAAUGCGUGCUUAUAUUACAUAUCAAAUUCAAGAUAGAGAUAAUGAAGUGAAUGCUAUACUAAAAGGUGGACGAUUAUUUCAACAAUAUUUAGUUGAUGCUUAUGCAACAGUUGAAGAAGAUCGUUUAGAUUGGAUUAGAAGAAAUCAAAAGAAUUUUCGAACUGAAACUUUUAAAGAUCUUUUUGCUGCUGGUUCAACAGGAAUUAAUAAAGGUCGUGAUUUAGGGCAAAAAAUCAUUUUACCAAGUUCUCAUACAGGAAGUCCUAGAGAUAUGAUUAAUAAUUAUCAAGAUGCUAUGGCAAUUUGCAGACAAUAUGGUGACAAAACAACUUAUUUAAGUGCUGAUAGUAUUCUAUUGAAUUCUGGAAAUAAUGAAAAUAUUAAUCUUUUAUAUCCAAUAGAAUUUUUGAAUAAACUUGAAUUUAACGGAUUACCGUCACAUGAAUUAAUUUUAAAAAUUGGAAUGCCUAUUAUGUUAUUGAGAAAUCUAAAUCAAAUGUCUGGCUUAUGCAAUGGUACAAGAUUAAUAAUAACAAAUUUAUUUGAUCGGCUUAUAGAAGCAAAAAUAUUAACAGGAAACAAUGUAGGUCAAAAAUUUUUGAUACCUAGAAUCAUUCUUACUGCAUCUGAGAAUAAAUGGCCGUUUAUUUUUAAAAGACGACAAUUUCCGAUUAGACCAUGUUAUGCUAUGACUAUCAAUAAAAGUCAAGGUCAAUCGUUGAAUCAAGUUGGCAUAUAUUUACCAGAACCUGUUUUUACACAUGGACAAUUAUAUGUAGCACUUUCAAGAGUCACAUCAAAAAAUGGAUUAAAAAUUUUAAUAAAUAAUAAUAGCGACAUGCCAAAUAAGUAUACUAAAAAUAUAAUUUACAAAGAUGUAUUCCAAAAUUUAUAA